GAUGCAGCCCUAUGGUGAGGAUGAAGAUAUUGAACAUUAUUUAACCACUUUUGAGAGGAUUGCAACAGGAUGUCAGUGGCCACAAGAAGAAUGGGUACUGCAUCUGGCUCCACUUCUUAGUGGUAAAGCACGUGCGGCAUAUGUUGCUAUGGACACUGAAGAGACAAUGGACUAUGAUAAAGUAAAAACCGCCGUUCUUGAAAAAUUUGAAAUAAGUGCUGAGACUUACCGAAUCAGAUUCCGCAACAUGACGGUGAAGGACGAUGAGACACCCAAAGAGCUGCGAACGCGCCUUAAAGACCUUUAUGAAAAGUGGAUGCUUCCAAAGGAGAAGACAAAGGACCAAAUAGGCGAUGUCAUAGUGAUGGAGCAGGUUCUCAGAGUUCUUAACCCAGAGCUGAGGACCUGGGUGAAAGAGCGCAACCCCACCACUUCAAAAGAAGCUGCAGAGAUGGCAGAGGCUUUUCUUGCAGCCCGACACCCACAAAAAGGGUACAUGGUAGGAAAACCCAGUUCAGCCCCUGUAUUUGUGGGUAAGUCAGGGGGUGGGAAUGGGUCCAGAGCUAAAGGCCCUAAACAAAGUUCUCCAAUCACUAGCAGUAGCCGCGCUAGAGAAGUAAAGCAGAGAGGCCCAUUGGUAUGUCAUGCUUGUGGUCAAGCAGGUCACUUUAAGGCAGAUUGCCCAGGUCAGCAAGUCAGUAAGACUUACAUGUGUCUUUCACCACAGUGUUUUGACUUGCUAGAGGAGGAAACUGAGUCUCUCAUACCCUCCAGUGAUCAGGAGCACACCAUCUGUGUUUUCAUUGAGGGAAAGCCGUGUGUUGCCCUCUUGGAUUCAGGCAGUAGCCGCACACUUGUCAAGCAAGAUUGUCUCCCUAGCGACAUCACAUUUUGUGGUAAAGUUAAAGUCUGGUGUGUUCAUGGUGAUAAUGUUGAUUAUCCUAUUGCCAACGUUUGCCUUCAAGUUAAUGAAAAGGAGUACGUACUUACAGUUGGAGUAAUGGAUAAACUUCCCUACCAGAUUGUGUUGGGCCGGGACAUGCCAAUUCUUGGAGAGUUAUUAGCAAAGACAGAGAAGAGAAGAAUCUGCAUGCUCCGUGCGAAGGUCUGCUAG